AUGAUAAUCAAUGAUAAAGCCAACAUUUUUGUCUUGACUUUACUUUUUUUUACCAGUUUCGGUUUUUUUGUCGAUCCAAGAAUUUGUUUCGAUGAAAAAAUUAUCAAAUCCGUUUGUCUUAUCAUCAUCAUCAUCAUCAUCAUCGUCAUUGUUAUCAUCUUUGUCAUAAUAAAUUUGUUAAAUUUUGUACAAAAUGAUGAUGAUGAUGAUAAUCAUUGUAGAUGUCAACGACGACAUAAUAAUAAACGGCAAUCAUCAUCAUCAUCAUCAUCAUUGUUAUUCUGUGGUAAUCAAUUGAUCAAUUGUGAUCAUAGUAAACUUUAUUUAUGUACUCAAAGUUCAAAUGAAACAACAACCACCAAAUCAACAGUAAUAAUGGCAGCUAAAAUUGGUGCUUGUCCACGUACUCAUAAUGAUGAUGAAAUACAUAUGAUGACAACAAACGUUGAUUGCAAUCAUAAUCUCCAUUCAAGAAACAAUUGCAUGAAAAAUAUGAAAUGUACAUGUAAAGGAAUUCGAUUUCAUCGAAAUCAAUUAUUUUGUGGACAUCAACUUAUUGGUGAUGAUUGUAAUCACAAUGUUAUAUAUCGUUGUCGUCGUUUUGGUGUACCUGAUCCAAUUGAAAAUUGCCCAUUUGGUGGUUGCCACAAUAAUCGAUGCGGUAUAGAAAAAACAAUAACAAUUUUCCAUGAUAAUAAUCACAAUGAUGAUAAUGUUACCAUAGAAAGGGAACAAGAAAAUGAAUUUGUCACAUUUGAACCAAUCAUUGAUGGUGAUUAUCGUAUAUUAAAAUUUGAACCUUAAAAUCACAUAUAUAAUAUAUACAUCACCAACAGAUUUCGGUCGUAACCAUAGAAAUUGAGUUUUUGACAUUGAAUUUAAUUGAAUUAUCAUCAUCACAAUAAUAAUAAUAAUAAUUUCUUUAAUGUUUUAAUCAAAUA